AUGGCACCUGGGGAGCUGGUGUGUAAGGCCGUGCAGGACGAAGCUGACAAGCAAGGCGUCGUCUGCACGCCAUUCCCCCAACAGUGUACCUGGAACCCAUCGACGCCCAGCGGGCGGCGACCGGAUGGGUUCCUCGAGCUCAGCGAGAAAGACGCAGGCGCCAUCGUCCAGGCCGAGAUGGACGAGCACAUCAAGUACUGGUUAACCUCGGCGACUUGGUCAAGUCCUACCGCUUGA